GUCCCCGGUAGCUGAGCCACCACCUCUGCGUCCGCUGGCACCUGCGUACUGUCGCCGCAACCGCCGACGCUGCACGUGAGGCCAUCACGUUUCGUUCACGGGAAACCCAAGGAUUCCUCUCUCGGUCGGAAUUCGAGUAAGGUCCAAGUGAGUAGCACGUUCCUCGGUGCAAGAAGACGGCGUGAUCUCCACCAGCGCGCAUCCAGUUGGGGAGAGGGGGCAGCUCGCGUUCCCGUGCCUUGCGGCGUCGCCCGUGCCGGUAGGUGGAGCAGCAUGAGGAGCAGCCUGCCGGCGCCGCUGCUGCUGCUACUGGCCCUCUGCCUGUCGGCGGCCGCUCCAGGUGCCUGGCUGCUGGCCAGCCCCGAGCCGGCCUCCGUGUGGAUGCGAGAGCUCGUCUCCCCUGCCACAGACCUCAACCUCGAAAAGCUCAUCGGCCGAUGGUACCUGGUGGAGGAAGUGGCGCCAGUCCGGCUGUCGUCGGACACGACGUGCGACUGGUACGACUUCUGGCGCGACGAGAACGGCACGCUGACGGUGCAGUGGUUCGUGCGCUCCGAGGACCGCACGGAGGCCGUGGUGCCCGCCAUCCCCGUGACGGACGGCGGCGUCUGGCACCUGCCCGCGGUGUACCUGGGCUACGCGGUGGUGGACCUGUCGCCGGACGGGCGCUUCCUGUCACUGGCGACGUGCGUGCGGUACGCCAUGUCGUGCUCGGCGGCCGUGCUGGCGCGCGACGUGGCCGACGCGGCGCGGCGCGCCGACAUGACGGACGUGCACCGGCGGCUGACGCGCGCGCGCCUCAACCACACAGAGGCCGGCUACCCCAAGGACCCGCAGGCGUGCAGCGCCGGCGCGCAGCUGCCGCGCCACCGCGACGCGCAGCUGCAGGCCGUUCAGUACCGCCUCUGAGGGCCGCCUCCUGCCACACACCUGGCGACGGCAGGCACGCUGUAAAAGCGACGCAUCCGUGCUGUGGGGCACACACUCACAGCUGACAACUGUACUGACGAGCAGGACAAUCGGACAGUCACAGAAGCUGGUAGUGGGAAUAACUGAUAGAUUUCCUACUUGUCAGAAGCUACUGCUAUCGGGGGACUCGACUGGAAAGGGUCUAACGCCACUCAGUUAGAACUUCUCGAUUAUGCUGUCGUCUGCUAACUUACACCGCUGGAUUUUAAUUUCUCAAUUUAGUACCACAUAUAUAAAGCCAAGGAAAAUGAAAGUAUACAGGUUGACAGAGGGCUGACGCCAUCAGAUAUUUUGUUCGACAUGCAAAUCGAAAGAAGUGCAUGUUUAUGAAAGAAAAAUGUCGCGGAACUUCCUGAUGGAAGUUUCUUGACAACUGCCAAACGUACAGGAAAUGGUGGCGGAGAAUGCGAUGAAAAAUAUGUGGAAGGGGUUUAGCAGAUGCAGCCGAGGAACAAGAUGAAACUAGAUGCUGCUGGGUGGACGAAUCUUAAGCUCUACAGCGGUGAAGCUGGGUCAGAACCAGCCUGCUCAACACUGCGGGUGUAAGAUGACGGAGCAGAUAAAGACUCAAGUCAUUCGGAAUUAUAAAUUACCAAAGUGAAGUUUAGUACAAUAGCAAAGCAGCGAAGCCAGAAAUAUGUGACUGUAAUAUUUUGAUGCUUAUUCAAAUGAACUUACAUAAACCGACAAACCUCCUUGAGGAAACAAAAGCUUUACAGUGUUAUUCUAGUAAAACUAUAUUUUAGUGACAUUAACUCAUUUUCAGUCGAGAGCCUCAAGUGCAAAAACUAUAGUGCCACGAGCCAGUGUUUGCGAAUGAAGGGAGAUUCAAGACUAUGCAGCUUAGCGGCGGGACAAAGAGAAGCAGAUGCUCGUUUUCGACUGCAAAUAUAGCAAUGGAGUAGUGAAAUUGGUGACAUGGAAGGAUAAGUGAGACAGGUAUCUUCUCCAGGCUUGUGCCUGCUUCCUUCGCUAUCGUACUCUCGCCAAAGUUCUCAGUCAGUAGUAGUUGCAAGCCUUCAGGCAAAUACGAGUAGAACAUUUCCUUCGUCCCUUUCCCAUUGACCAUUGAAAUCCAUCACUACUGUAGCGACGCAGCAGACGCAGCUACAGUGGUGCGCCAAAGGUAGCGGCGUGCAAGUUAUGGGUAGUGUUAGCACAUGUGCUAACUCUUGUCGGCGGUAAGCAUGUGUUUGGUAAUCGUGGUUCCUUUACAGUAGAAAUGGGGCAGCUACAGCAGUUACAUGCUCACUAUCACGAUCUGAGGAAAUUCUUUCCAGCAGUAGUUCCAGGAUACAGUGGGGGAACGGUGGUCAGUUCCUCGUCGCCGCCUCUUUGGUUGCUCUACAGUAAACUGAUGACAUUUCUGAGCACCAUAAUUGCCACAUUCUUGGCGCUACAGUAAACUAAAAUGUAAAAUAAUUAACUUGUGGCGUAAUGUUAUAAGGCUAAUUGAUUUGUUCAUGUAUUUUACUGAAUCUGGAGGAAAUGGUUCCUAAUAUAAUCGAAAGUUGUAGGUUAUAUGGUUACAGCGGUGUCUCCUAUUGUGUUGGAAUUCACUACUGCUAACUGCAGUAUAGAUUUUGUUCUCUGUCAAAGAGUUGUACAUUUAAGUAGAACAGGGAAAUGGUGUGUCACUUAUAUUUUCUGACAGCGAAUUUUACGACAAAAGCACUAUCACUCACAACUUCAGCUCCGAAUAGUUCUAUCUGUAAUAUGGAACUAAAUUUUCAUAUGUUUUUCAUAAAUAACUUUACAUAAUUUCACUUUUGUUCCCUUAAGAGUAUUUUCCAAUUUGUUACAGUGCUAAUAAUGGUAGUCUUAAUAGACUUUGUUAAAUUGUAAUUUUUCUCUCCUAAAGGUCAAGCAGAAAAUAGAUAUGUAAGCGAGAAAUGUAUUUUGCAGACGGAAAUGCCACUUGUGCUCUAAGUUUCUUGGAACUGCCCAGCAGAUCUGUAUCUUUAAAAUUUGAUGCCGUGGUCCAACAGUAUCACACACUUCAUUGAUCGUAGGUAGAGCAAACUAGGAACUGGAUGUUAACAGUGUUCGUUUAUUAACGUCAUUAUUAAUUUUACACCCUUCUUGAAGAAAACUGUAAUAUAUCAAGACGGUAAAGCUAGACCCAGUUGCCCCAUGUUUCUACGCGAAGACGAAGCCCUCCCACGUGCUAUGCUACAGAGACUACCUUCAGAGCACGAACUUCGGGCGAUAAACUGUCGGUGGCAUACAUUCUAUUCCCAGGAACAAGAACAGGAAAAGGAUUGUUGUAAAAUUUCCUUUUUUCCUACAAAUAAAAACAGAGACAGAGGAAUUGAAUGUUGAAUCAGCUGAACAAUUAUACGUUUAUACCAUUACAUUUUCUGUAGUGCGGAUUUUCACAGAUAUGUUUUAUAUAUCUAUCUUAUAUACAGUAUCAUAUUUUUUUCAGUAAAACUUUGUGUAUCCUAAACAGUUGUAGCUAAGAAUAUUACAAAUAAAAGGCACAACAACGA